AGCAUUGAAUUAGGUCAUGUUUCAGUUGUCUCCCCCAGGUCUUCUUGCUCAGUCUUUAUCCCCUGGGCUAUUCUUUCCUCUUAUCUUUGCCAAUUUGCAUAUCAGUUAUAACUGCCUGUUUCUGUUUCUACCUUAAUUUCUAGUCCUGCAUUCCAGCAGCCCCAAUUCUGAUUACUUUCUCCUUAGUUACAUUUGUCUUCACAUGCUGUGUAAUGUCACUGACCUUUUGCUACUCUGUAUCCAUUCUUAGUCAUGACUGAAAGAAAAAGAAAACCACCGCUUGCAGAAAAAUGACCAAAAGUUCUCAUCAGGACUCUGUUAUUUGUCUUAACUUUAGAGGGGUGGGCCAGUUCAGAAAGGUGUACAGGUUAUACAGACUCUGUUCCAAUGCAGUGCAACCUUUAAUGUGAAGUGGAGUUGUGGUAAACUGGAGUAACAACCAGUUUGUAGCAAAAGGCGGCAGCGUUUUCUCUGAACCAACUUGAUUUGCUUCAAAGAUUGCUGGUUUUAACUAGCCAACCCCUGGCACCUUAAGUGCCUACUGCUGCAACCAGCAGAGCCCUUGUUUUAACCAGAAGGGGUCUUGCAAACUCUUGGAUAAACUAUUGGGAGUUAUUUCCUUGUUUCCCACAAAUAAAUGAAACUGAUUCUGGUUUCACACAAUCACAGCCAAGUUUGGGGGUGGUGUGAGGAGUUAAAUGACUGCACUCAUCACACAAAAUUCAGGUUAACAGGCAAAAAUAACAAAAAAAACCCUGUAUAUUCUUUAUUAACAUACACAAAUAGUUGGAUAUGUUAUAGCCUAUUAAGAACCUAAGGCAGAGUAAACAUGGUUGUAUCAGGGAUAAAAAACCAGCCUGACCCUUCUGAUCCUUGCUCAACCUUUUCCCAAUCUCAGCCCUUACCAGCCAAAGUCUCACCAACAAAAACCUCCAUGGCCUCUUCUUAUCUGCUGUUAAAAACUGAAGCCCAACCACCUUUCACUCAGAUUGGUGGAGUGCUGUCAGUGGAAGCAUUCCAAUGAAGCUCUUUGCUAUCACUAGACUGGAUGAUACCAAUAUUGGUCAAUAUAAGCAUCAGGCUUAUACUGGUACCAAAGUUGAACACAUGAGAGAAAGAGAUGACCACCCUCUGUGGUUCAAGAUUAGCAGCCAUGAACUGUGCUUUAAUUCGAUUAACAUCUUUGUCUAACUGGGGAAUGUGCAGUAAUUCUUCCAAGUUUUCCAGCAAAAUCUUUAAUGGAUGGCAGCUUCAAGUGAAUAAGUGUCAACCAUGGAAUAAAAGCCAAAAAUGCUACCUUAUGACUCGAAGUUCUAAAAGCCACAGGCACUUCAUUAGUAAAAACCAAGGACAUUUUUUUAAUGUGAAGAAAACUGAAAUAGGCAGUGCUACAUACAGUUCCUCUAUAAGACCUUCUAUCUUCUCUGAGAAAUGGCUGAAAAAGGAUGCAUUAUCUGGCACACUUUCUUCUUGGAAAUUACAAAAUGUGAGUGAUGUUCAGAUCUUAAAGUCUUUUCAUGGGUCACCAUCACUGAAGGCUGCUCCUGUUCCUAUCUUGUGGAUGAUCUUGAAGCCAGUUCAGAAACUUCUUGCUAUUAUCCUUGGAAGGAGCAUAAGAAAAUGGUGGCAUGCACUUCCUCCAAACAAGAAGGAGUUAUUUAAAGAAGCUGCAAGAAGAAAUCAGUGGAAGAUAGUCUUGGGCAUAUGUGGCUUAGGAACUGUAUUUAUUGUGUUUUAUUUUACACAUUUGGAAGAGACACCAAUCACUGGGCGUGCUCGGCUUCUCAUAUUUGGAAAGGAGCAUUUCACUGAACUGUCUCAGAUAGAGUAUAACAUGUGGAUGGAAGAAUUUAAAAACAAAAUGUUACCUGAAAAAGACCCUCGUUAUCAGGUUGUCAAAAAAGUUGUUUAUCACUUAGCUGAAAGCAAUAAAGAUGUUCUGCAAUUCUCAGAGAUCAAAUGGACUAUUCAUGUUGUGGAAGAGCCAGGCAUCAAUGCUUUUGCACUUCCAAAUGGACAAAUAUUUGUUUUCACUGGAUUGCUGACUGCUGUGUCGGAUAUUCAUCAGCUGUCUUUCAUUCUGGGACACGAAAUCGCUCAUGUUGUUCUGGGACAUGCUGCAGAGAAAGCAAGUUUGACACACUUCUUGGAUUUCUUCUCUCUCAUUCUUCUCACAGUGAUCUGGGCUGCCUGUCCUCAAGAUAGCUUAGCAAUUAUAGGACAAUGGAUCCAGUCCAAGUUUCAGGAGCUGCUGUUUGAUAGGCCAUACAGCAGGACAUUGGAAGCUGAAGCAGACAAAAUUGGACUUCAGUUUGCAGCUAAGGCAUGCAUGGAUGUAAGAGCAAGUUCUGUGUUUUGGCAGCAAAUGGAAUUGGCUGAGAAAAUUCAAGGAAACCCAAAGUUACCAGAAUGGCUUUCUACUCACCCUUCUCAUGAGAAUCGAGUUGACCAUUUGGACAGACUUAUACCAGAAGCCCUUGAAAUACGAGAACAUUGCAAUUGUCCUGCCUUGGCCAGUGAAGAUCCACGUCUUAUUUUCAAAUUGAGUAUGCAGCAUCUUCUGAAAACAUCUAAAGAUGGAGGUCCAAAUGUUACUGAUCAUGGAAAAACAAAUGUGAAUCUUCCUUUCAUUCAAAAAAAGAAGAUGCCUGUGGAUAUUCUAUCUGGACAACUGUCAAAAUGAAGGCUAUAAUUUUAUCACAGUGCUCAUUAUAUACCUCUUAAACUUUCCAGGAAUUUUGAAAUGUUGUAUGGAUGAGAUGGUUACAAAUCAUGAUCCCAGUCUCUUGUCAGCAAUAUGUACUUGAGAUACUCAGUGUGUACAAUGUGGAAAUCUCUAGAAGCAGUUGCUUUCAUAGAAAUGAAAAGGAAGCCCCUAUUUCAAUGUGGCAUUGGGAAGCACUGAAUGCAUGUACAGGAGACAAUAACAUGUACUCACCUGCGCAAGGAAAUGUUUGGUUAUUAUCCAACAAUAAACAUGUCCUUUCAUAAUAAUCUCAUGAUCUCCCAUUUUCUGUUUGGAAAGAGAGAUCUCUAAGGGACUAUCAGUGAAGUGGGACAACGAAAUAGUCUUUUGUUGCUGUCGUAAGCAAACAAGGUGAAAUUAGAUAUAUUAGCACUUAGGACAUGUCAGUGUUUGGAUGCCAGUGACUGGUACUCCAGGUAGUUGGAUGAUGGCUGGAUGCUGUGAAGGAUCAACCAUGCAUUUGAAAAGCAGCCAGGCUCAGGCUGCAGUUUGCAAACCACAUAUUUUACAGUGGCAUCACUGUCUCUCUCCAUGCUUUGAAGUUUCUGAUAAGAAUCUGAUUUUAAGUCAUUCCUUUGUCCCAUGCUAUUGCAGAGUUCCUGAUUUUCUGCUAAUAAAUUGCAUCACAUCUGUUGUA